AUUGUUGGGAUUGGGAGGCUAACCCUUCUGCUGCUGCUAUCACUGCUAUUGCUGUAAUAUCACAGAAUUCAGUACGGUUUUGGCACUGUUGUUCAACUGAAACCUGGGAAAAGAAGACCCCAGGAACUGAACCAAACUGGUGAAAAUAGGAACCUCUUACCCAACACAAUGAAGUUACUUGUCAUCAUCAUCUUUGUAAUGCUCAGUGUUCUCAUCACAGACAUAGCAUCGACUCACCACUGGCAGAAAGGGCACAAGCAAACAAGCAAAACUAAAUAUGAACAUAAAGGUUGUAACUGUUUAAAUGGAGGAACCUGUGUCUCCUAUCAGCUCUUUUCUCAAAUUAAGCGCUGCUUAUGUCCUAAAGGAUAUAGUGGGAAUCACUGUGAAAUAGAUUCUGAAAGUCAGUGUUAUACCGGCAAUGGAGAAGACUACAGAGGGACUGAGUCAGUGAAUGAGAACAGUGAAAGGUGCCUGGAUUGGGACUCCCCUUCGCUACGGAGACAGCCUUAUAAUGAGGGCAUGGAGGAUGCCAUGAAACUUGGCUUAGGAAAGCACAACUACUGCAGAAAUCCAGAUGGCCAAUCUAAACCAUGGUGUUACAUUAGGAAGGGAUUUCAAAUGUUUUCAACACCCUGUAAUAUAAAUGUGUGUCAAAAAGAACCCACAUGUGGCCAGAGGAGCUUUAGCAAGUACUUUAAGAUUGUGGGUGGGCACAAGGCAGCUAUUGAGUCUCAGCCUUGGAUAGCAACCAUAUUCCAAUCCGAUAGGAAAGGAAGCAAUCAGUUUCUUUGUGGUGGUAGCCUCAUAGAUGCAUGUUGGAUCCUUACAGCCGCACACUGUUUUGAAAGCAAGACUGACCCAUCCAAGUUGACUGUCAUUCUUGGAAAGUCUGAAUUGUAUAUUGAUGAUACGAGGCAGCAAAAAUUCAAUGUCGAUAGGAUUGUUAUUCAUGAGGAAUACUCCCAACAAAGAAUGGACUAUGAUAAUGACAUUGCCCUAAUAAGAAUCCGAUCGUCUUCUGGCCAGUGUGCAGAAGAGUCAGACACUGUGAAAACCAUCUGUUUGCCAUCUCAAAACUUAUUACUGAGAGACAAUUUCCAAUGUGAGGUUUCUGGUUAUGGAAAAGAAAAGAAAACUGCCAUUUACUACUCAAGGAUCCUGAAAUCGACCAAUGUGAACUUGAUAUCCCAGUCUUUGUGUCAGAUAUACUAUGAAGGUCGCAAGGUGAAUGGCAACAUGUUCUGUGCUGGGGAUCCAACAUGGAAAACUGAUUCAUGCAAAGGAGAUUCUGGUGGUCCCCUGGUUUGUGUGAGCAAUGACAGGAUGGUCCUAUAUGGGAUUGUCAGCUGGGGUGACGGCUGUGCUAACAAAGAGAAGCCUGGAGUCUACACAAGGGUCACAGAAUACCUUCGCUGGAUCGAAACACACAUGAAUGGAGUCCAUUUCAAAAGUUACCACCUUCCUAAAUGAAGACGGGAGCUUUCCGUGGAGCAUGGGGCUGACGCAUGGCAUUAACCAUCAUACCAAACUCAGGAAAACUGAGCCAAAUAUUAUUGCAGUGGAUGGAAACUCCAAGCCUUGUUUUGGAGUUGACCUUUCCUCUUUAGUGGCUACGUUUCUUAGACUUUCAUCAGAUUAAUUUGUUAAUGCUCAUGUCGUUAUGUCUGAAGCAAAAACCUACAGCCAGCACUGUGAACAACACACAUUCUCCCAUGGGGGAAAAAUCCUACAAUAUUUAACAUUUAAAUGAGAAGUGUUUACUUCAGCCAGUGUAAUGUACAUGUGGCACUUUCUACAGGAGUCAGUAUUAUACUAUGCCAGUAGGGUUUUUUUGGUAAGGUUUUGAAAUCAGCUACUAAUUUACUAACAAUUAGUGCUACCCAGAAAAACACAGCUGUCUCAUUGAAUUUAAUGGGAUUUAAGGACAAAUAUUCUGGCAUAUUGAUUUCAAUGGCAUUAUGUGCUCUCUGUGGGAUGCAGUGUCAGAUUUUUGAAAAAAUGAAUCUAAAUUUGGGUUUCUUUACAUUUUUAAAAAGCAUGUUGGAGAUACAGGCCAUUGUGAUCUCAGGGUAAUAAAAAGGGGAAAUCCCAGGGGGCUUACUGGGUAUUCAUCACUCAGGUCAAGAAUCAGUGGGUUGUCCACAGAACCAACCCAAGAUAUAUUCUCAUUCCCAAGUGGUUAUGCCAUACAGUCUGAAACGUUUGCAUGCUGCUUCAUUGGUGUCCCUGAGAUAUGUCACCCCAAACUCACAGUUUGGAUUGCUUCUACAAUCAAGCCAGCCCUGGUUGUCCAAGGCAAAUCAGCAAGCUAGCUCUCCAACAUAUUAACCUCACACAUUAGUCACUGAGCCAUACAGCAGGUUAUUUCUUGAUAAGUAACGUUGGGGUAGGGGUGCAAUCUACACAGAAGUUCUCCAGUCACUGAAGUGCAGGGAGGUACGUGAGGCUACCCUAACCUUGCUGGAGCUGAGCAGGUGCAGGUCUGGUCAGUGCCUUGAUGGGUAACUGUGUGGGAACCACAUCUAUGUCACUUGAGCUCCAUGAUGGAAGAAAGGCAAAGGGGAAUUAAAAUGUAAACCAUUUCUGGCAUUUUAAUUUACUACAGACAGAAAUGUUAGUUAUGAACUUUGAAAAAGAGUGAUGGGGAAAAUUCUUUUAAAAGAAGCAGCUUUAAAACAAAAAACAUUUUGGCUUUUGUUCCAGGAUUUAGUUAUCUCUGGCUUAGUUCAACUUGCAGUUCCACAGGAGCUGCUGAGAUGAAUGACUAAGAUAAGAGUGAGUGUAUUUUAGCAUUGUUAAUUAAUGAAUGUAUUUCAACAAAAUCCAUCAGUACCUACUUCCAUUUUGGCAUUCAUACUCCCCAGUUCCUUCCUUAAGGAAUGAUUCUACCAUAUUUGUCCAACUCUCUGUAUAGAAUGAUGGCAGGAUUUCUGCUGUCAAUUUUAAUUAUAAGGUGACUAAAUUCUAUUAUGCACCUAAAAAAACCUCUGACACUGGUGUGUACAAGGCAAAAUUUUGUUAUGUGCCUCCAAGUCGACUACGACUUAUGGCGACCCUGUGAAUCCAUGACCUCCAAGAGCGUCUGUCAUGAACCACCCUGUUCAGAGCUUGUAAGUCCUGGUCUGUGGCUUCCUUGAUGGAAUCAAUCCAUCUCUUGUUUGGCCUUCCUCUUUCUCUACUCCCUUCUGUCUUUCCCAGCAUUAUUAUCUUUUCUAGUGAAUCAUAUCUUCUCAUGAUGUGUCCAAAGUAGGAUAACCUCAGUUUCAUCAUUUUAGCUUCUAGUGAUAGUUUUAGUUUAAUUUGUUCUAACACCCAAUUAUUGGUCUUUUUCGCAGUCCAUGGUAUGGGGAAAGCUCCCCUCCAACACCACAUUUCAAAUGAGUUGAUUUGUCUCUUAAUCCACUUUUUUCACUGUCCAACUUUCACAUCCAUACACAGAGAUCGGAAAUACCAUGGUCUGAAUGAUCCUACUUUUAGUGUUCAGUGAUACAUCUUUGCAGUUGAGGACUCUCUCACAGCUGCCCUCCCCAGUCCUAGCCUUCUUCUGAUUUCUUGACUAUUGUCUCCAUUUUGGUUAAUGACUGUGCCAAAGUAUUGAUAAUCCUUGACAAGUUCAAUGUCCUCAUUGUCAUCUGUAAAGUUACAUAAAUCUUCUGUUGUCAUUACUUUAGUCUUCUUGACGUCCAGCUGUAGUCCUGCUUUUGUGCUUUCCUCUUUAACUUUCAUCAGCAGUCGUUUCAAAUCAUUACUCGUUUCUGCUAGUAGUAUGGUAUUGUCUGCAUAUUUUAAAUUAUUGAUAUUUCUCCCUCCAAUUUUCACACCUCCUUCAUCUUGGUCCAAUCUUGCAUUCCGUAUGAUAUGUUCUGCGUAUAGAUUAAAUAAAUAGGGUGAUAAAAUACACCCCUGUCUCACACCCUUUCCGAUGGGGAACCAAUUGGGUUCUCCAUAUUCUGUCCUUACAGUAGCCUCUUGUCCAGAGUAUAGGUUAUGCAUCAGGACAAGCAGAUGCUGUGGCACCCCCAUUUCUUUUAAAGCAUUCCAUAGUUUUUCAUGAUCUACACAGUCAAAGGCUUUGCUGUAAUCUAUAAAGCACAGGGUGAUUGUCUUCCGAAAUUCCUUGGUCCAUUCCAUUAUCCAACGUAUGUUUGCGAUAUGAUCUCUGGUGCCUCUUUCCUUUCUAAAUCCAGUUUGGAUGUCUGGCAUUUCUCUCUCCCUAUAUGGUAAGAGCCUUUGUUGUAGAAUCUUGAGCAUUACUUUACUUGCAUGGGAUAUUAAGGCAAUUGUUUGAGAAUUACUGCAUUCCCUGGGAUCCUCUUUCUUUGGAAUUGGGAUGUAUAUGGAACGCUUCCAGUCUGUGGGCCAUUGUUUAGUUUUCCAUAUUUCUUGAUGGAUUUUUGUCAAAAAUUUUACAGAUUCGGUCUCAGUUGCUUGUAGCAACUCUAUUGGUAUGCCAUCUAUUCCUGGUGAUUUGUUUCUUCCAAGUAUUUUAAGAGCAGCUUUCACAUCACAUUCUAAAAUUUCUGGUUCUUCAUCAUACGGUUCCUCCGUGAAUGAAUCUGUCAUCCUGGCAUCUCUUUUAUAGAGUUCUUCAGUGUAUUGCUUCCAUCUUCCUUUUAUUUCAUUUCAGUCAGUCAGUGUGUUCCCCUGUGGAUUAUUCAACAUCCCUAUUCUUGGUUGAAAAUUCCCUUUCGUUUCUCUAAUCUUUUGGAAUAGGGCUCUUAUUCUACCCUUUUUGUUGUCCUAAGAACAUAAGAACAUAAGAAGAGCCUGCUGGAUCAGGCCAGUGGCCCAUCUAGUCCAGCAUCCUGUUCUCACAGUGGCCUACCAGGUGCCUGGGGGAAGCCCGCAAGCAGGACCCGAGUGCAAGAACACUCUCCCCUCCUGAGGCUUCCGGCAACUGGUUUUCAGAAGCAUGCUGCCUCUGACUAGGGUGGCAGAGCACAGCCAUCAUGGCUAGUAGCCAUUGAUAGCCCUGUCCUCCAUGAAUUUGUCUAAUCUUCUUUUAAAGCCGUCCAAGCUGGUGGCCAUUACUGCAUCUUGUGGGAGCAAAUUCCAUCGUUUAACUAUGCGCUGAGUAAAGAAGUACUUCCUUUUGUCUGUCCUGAAUCUUCCAACAUUCAGCUUCUUUGAAUGUCCACAAGUUCUAGUAUUAUGAGAGAGGGAGAAGAACUUUUCUGUAUCCACUUUCUCAAUGCCAUGCAUAAUUUUAUACACUUCUAUCAUGUCUCCUCUGACCCGCCUUUUCUCUAAACUAAAAAGCCCCAAAUGCUGCAACCUUUCCUCGUAAGGGAGUCGCUCCAUCCCCUUGAUCAUUCUGGUUGCCCUCUUCUGAACCUUUUCCAACUCUAGAAUAUCCUUUUUGAGAUGAGGUGACCAGAACUGUACACAGUAUUCCAAAUGCGGCCGCACCAUAGAUUUAUACAACAGCAUUAUGAUAUCGGCUGUUUUAUUUUCAAUACCUUUCCUAAUUAUUGCUAGCAUGGAAUUUGCCUUUUUCACAGCUGCCGCACACUGGGUCGACAUUUUCAUCGUGCUGUCCACCACAACCCCAAGGUAUCUCUCCUGGUCAGUCACCGCCAGUUCAGACCCCGUGAGCGUAUAUGUGAAAUUCAGAUUUUUUGCUCCAAUAUGCAUAAUUUUACACUUGUUUAUAUUGAAUUGCAUUUGCCAUUUUUCCACCCAUUCACUCAGUUUGGAGAGAUCUUUUUGGAGCUCUUCACAAUCCCUUUUUGUUUUAACAACCCUGAACAAUUUAGUGUCGUCAGCAAACUUGGCCACUUCACUGCUCACUCCUAAUUCUAGGUCAUUAAUGAACAAGUUGAAAAGUACAGGUCCCAAUACCGAUCCUUGAGGGACUCCACUUUCUACAGCCCUCCAUUGGGAGAACUGUCCGUUUAUUCCUACUCUCUGCUUUCUGCUUCUUAACCAAUUCCUUAUCCACAAGAGGACCUCUCCUCUUAUUCCAUGACUGCUAAGCUUCCUCAGAAGCCUUUGGUGAGGUACCUUGUCAAACGCUUUUUGAAAGUCUAAGUACUAUGUCCACUGGAUCACCUCUAUCUAUAUGCUUGUUGACACUCUCAAAGAAUUCUAAUAGGUUACUGAGACAGGACUUUCCCUUGCAGAAGCCAUGCUGGCUCUGCUUCAGCAAGGCUUGUUCUUCUAUGUGCUUAGUUAAUCUAGCUUUAAUAAUACUUUCUACCAGUUUUCCAGGGACAGAAGUUAAGCUAAGUGGCCUGUAAUUUCCGGGAUCCCCUCUGGAUCCCUUUUUGAAGAUUGGCGUUAUAUUUGCCACUUUCCAGUCCUCAGGCACGGAGGAGGACCCGAGGGACAAGUUACAUAUUUUAGUUAGCAGAUCAGCAAUUUCACCUUUGAGUUCUUUGAGAACUCUCGGGUGGAUGCCAUCCGGGCCCGGUGAUUUGUCAGUUUUUAUAUUGUCCAUUAAGCUUAGAA